CUGGCUUUGGCUUCGGUGCACGAAUUUGGGCAACAUGAAUUUGGGCACGAUUUUGUUUGAAAAGACAGGGCAGGCUCCAUCGCCCAGCAAAGACUUUCAUCAGUUACUAGUCACAGAGACUCAAGUAAUUUUAAGAACAUGGAAGAUUACGGUUCGAAAAGAUCAGCGCUACAUUCCGCCUAGCCAGCGUAAAGUUCCUAACGAAGAAUUCCAUGAAGACACCAUGAUGCAAACGGAGAUCAGUCGAAUAUUUGGUGAAAACAUAUUGCGCAUCGUGUAUGGCAUCGUAUGUAAGGACUGGCUAGCUCGUCUGCCUAAGCCGGUCGUCAUCCGCAUAGCCACUUUCCUUGAUCUUGUUGAUAUUGCAAGGCUAAGCUCGGUUUGUAGGUCGCUUCACAAAGUGUGCUCAAGCGAUGAAUUGUGGGAAAAGAUUUUUACAACUCACUGCGAUACGGUCUCGGACGAAACUCGAGCAUUAGCCCAAGAAGUUGGUUGGAGAAAAGUAUUUUUCACGAAUAAGCUACAGCUGCAAGUUCAAAUGAGACGACGUAAGGAGCGGCAUAGCGCAGAACUGAGAAAGAAGGGUGUUCCAGAAGAUGAAAAGAUUCCUCAAACUUUUGUCACGCAACCAAACGGCCAUGGUCAGCUGUAAUUGCACUUGAUUGUUGCAGUGUUGGUUCUUGUGUUUAUCACUUUUAUGAGGAUGUGGUGCUUGUACAUGUGUUGAAGAUAAAGGUGUUU